AUGCAAUUUUUGUUGUCAUUUUUGACCAAACAGGGGAAGUGGCAUUUCUAACAGUAGGAAGGUAGACUCCGAGCGACCUACCUUAGCAGAUCUCACUCCUCGACCUACGCUGGACACGUCACGGUCGAUCCACGGUUCGAUGGUCGCGCACCAGUUGGUUAAUUGGGUCAAGUUCGUCCCCUGUGUCUGUGUGUCUGUAUUAUAAAAAAAAAAAAAGGGGCCAUGGGGCACUGCCACGACCCGUUGGUUGUCCUCUAAUUACUCUACUUCAUACAGUCACAGGCAACGCGUCACAGGCAACAUCGGGGAAAGCAAGAGAAGAAAAAGAAAACUGCGACAGCAACUGGCAACUGAAGCUCGCGAUAUGCUCCCCUUCAAUAAUCACCAUCCUACUGCCCCUUGGUCCGGUGGCGAUAUGCCCCAAGAGCCGCAUCACUGGGACUGGGAAGUUCCCUCCCAUAGCCCAUCAUCGACAUACGAGUCCCCAUGGUCACCGUACUCAUACACGCAGUCAAUCACUGAACAUGAGUGAGUAUUCCCGAGGCCGACCGACCACACUCUCGAUCUAAGAGGACGUUAGGCCUCAUGAUCCCCAAGAGUGCGUCCACUCCAGGCUUCUGUGCGACAUGCGCUAUGCCGAACUCCGCGCUACGGUCGCUCAUCUCGAGCGGUCCCAAUGCCGAUGUGGACGCAGCACCUGGAGCAGGCUGACCAAAUCCAUCUUUGGCAGUUUCUCAAAACCAGCCUCGACCCUGCGGUCACGAAAAAGGUCAAACCACUCCGCCGGGAUGCCGUCCACAGGUCAUGGCGAACGUGUUGCCGAGCUUCCACAUCCCGCCGCGGGCCACGCAGCUCGGAUUGCCGAGCUCGACGUGAGACGUCCCCUCGCUGAGUUGCCCGACCAUUCGUCGCUCGCAGAGCUCUAUGGCAGCAACCCAACGGAUCGCGGGGAUCUCGGAGAACCCCGGGACCAAAUUGCUCGUUUUCAUGAGCACAACACUCCAAUUUGGCCUGGUUUUGCGGAGAGCGAGGCGCAAUACCCAAGCCAAUGCCUUGCGGCCCUCGGGCAUAACACUCCUUCGCCUUUCACACCUUUACCCUUCUCACAGUCCGCUCAGUCCUCAAUAUCAAGCAUCCACUCCUCGAGCAUUACCGAUUCGCCCUCGGUCGUUGUCCCCGAAAAGCCCAUGUUUACGGCCCAUGUUACAGCUUCUCCUACCGAGCAGAGCGGCGGCAUCGCAUCUUGGCACACGAAUCCGUCCAUGCCGCACCAAGUUCUUCAGGGGCCGUCGGGCAUAGCGGCGGAGCUCUCGGGCAGCCCGGUCGGCCUAUUAGUGCCAGACAUGGCCAUGAUUCGGCUUCCGGAGCAAACCAUCGGUUCUCUGCCGGAGCUGGAGGGUGAUACCCCGCGCUUAAGGCCCCUGACACCCGCCGUGCCCCGGAGGACCGAUCCCAUGGCUAGCGAUGUAAUACCUCAGCAGUUUUGGGAAUUACCCACCGUCGCCGAGACUGAGACGGACUUCACCAUCAACGGUGGGAAUCCGCCCCAAACAACUGGGAUGGAAAGGGGCGCAACGAUGGCUCAGCCGGACGGACUCCCUCCACUACCUCUGCUUGGGCCUCCGCAGCCACUGGGCCCCCAGGGCCGGCAAUACUCGUUCGACUCGACGGCAGAGACGAUUAUCAACAACCGCGCUGACGACUCGCCAACCUCUUCUACCUUCGAAUUUGCCAGCUACCAGGGAGAGGGCUCGUUCGGCGUCCCGCAGGAGCAAUCGCCGGCAUCGACCGCGGUGUCGACCCCGGUAUCGUCAGCGCCGGCAGCAUCGCCGACGGUCGCCCGCAAGAGGAGAGGAGACGACGGGCAGGCGCGAGACAAUAAUCCCCUCUACUGCGAGUCCUGCGAUUACUUUCCCAGGGGCGCCGAGCCGAGGCGCAUGAUGGGCAGGCACAUCAAGACGGAGGGCCACCGCAUGAAGACGGGACAGGGACCCUCCGAGCGACACCGGUGUCCGCUCUGCCAGGCCACGCGAACCCGGCGGGACAACCUGCGGGAGCACAUCAAGGACAAGCACGGGGAAGAGGCCCUGUUGCAGCUGUUGCAGGGUGCCAACUGGCACAGGCGGCCGCAGCCGCCGCCGCAGCAGCAGCAGCAGCAGCGGGGGAGGAACCUGAGACGAAAGGUACAGGGGGCGGUCUCGAGGCGGAUGGGGCAAGCGAGGCUGGCGCUUGACCCUCUGAGAGCCCAAGUGGCACAUUGGCCGUUCGGCCCUGGAAGUCACACUGAGAGCUGAGAUUCUUUGUUGGAUGGGACAGAACUCGGCCUCGGCUCUGCGGGGCCCGCUGCAGGGGAACAGCAAUAGCUUCCCUGGAUAUUCCUUGGUCUUAUUCAUGGGCUGGGUCUCUUCUUCUUCUUCUUCUUCUUCUUCUUCU